AUGGGAAAUAUUUGUAAUAAGGAACCUGCUGUUGCUGGAAUUGUUGACAAUGUUCCAGCCUAUUAUAAUAGAGGCAUUAACUUCAGAUCAAAUUAUGUCACUUUUGAUAACAGAUAAGUGUAUACUGGAGUGAGGUUUUACACUAUCCAUUAUUACUUUAGAUUCCAAUGUGUAGAAUUUGCAAGACGAUACCUUAUCUAAACCAAAGGAGUUGUCUUCGGUGAUGUUGGUUGUGCCUAUCAUAUCUUUGAUCUCAACACUGUCACAGACCUAGUGACCUAGUAACAGAGACAAUUUUAAUCAAUCCCACAAGGAAGUUCCAUUCCUCCUAAAAAAGGGGAUCUCGUCAUUUAUUAAAAAAGUGGCAAAUAAUGGUGGGGACACGUUGCUGUUGUUACGAAUGUCGAUGGAAACCUCAUUGAUUUGGCCGAAUAGAACUAUGAUGAAGAUUGGGAUUCUCAAAGCUAUGCUAGAUAAGUCCUCUUAAAAAAAGAAGGCGACAAAUAUUUCCUAACAAAUAUCCGACAAUAUAAGCCACAUGCUUGGGAUUUGAAUGAAGUUAUUAUUGGAUGGAAGAGAGCUACUUGA